CACAGCAGCCAACGCAAGCAAGCAAGCAAGGGCAGUGUUGGUCCACCCUGCUCAUCUUUCCCUCUCCAAAUAUCAACGCAAUGCCAUCCUGGCUACCUGGAUCCGGAUCGAAUAGCAACGCAGCACCUACGGCGGGCGCGGGAAGAGGGGGAGGCGGGCAAUGGCUGAACCUGGAGGUGCCCGGCCAGGUCAAAAACACAUACGGCGAGCUGACUGGCGAGAAUUCGCAGUUUGCUGAGUGGGGCUUCGAGUUGACAAGGACACAGAGAUUGAUUGGAUUUGGCGCUUGUCUCGCUGCCGGCUUCGCCCUAUCCCUGAUAGGCUCGUUGCUCCUCCUCUCAGGGAGCUUCGCCACAUUUGCUGUCCUCUACUCUUUCGGCAUCGUCAUCUCACUGGUGGGCACCGGAUUUCUGAUCGGCUUCAUGAAGCAGCUCAGGCAAAUGUUCAAAGGGACGCGCAUCAUAGCGACUGGGAUUCUCAUCGCUGCUUUCGUUAUGGUUUGGGUAUCUGCAUUCGCCAUCAAAUCGACCAUCCUGGCCAUCGUCUUCGUCGUGGUACUCUACUUGGCCUUCAUCUGGUACUCGCUCAGCUACAUCCCUUAUGCGAGAGACUUUGUCAAGGGAAUGGUCUCCAAAGUCUUCUGAGGCCGCCGAGGAGCAGGGGUCGCGGGGAAGCACUGGCAGCGCUGCGGUCAAGACCGCUCGAGACCCCACCUCCUUCUUUCUCAGACCCCGUUGCA